AUGGAGGGCAGUUCUAUACUCCAUGCUUUUAAUAAUAUUUAUUUUGCAAUCUUUGCUUUGUUUUGUUUCAAACUUUUAAUUAAGAUUUCCUUGGCUUUGCUGACCCAUUUCUAUAUUGUUAAAGGCAACAGAAAAGAAGCUGCCAGGAUAGCAGAAGAGAUCUAUGGAAUAGUACCAGGCUCAUGGGCGGAUCGAUCACCUCUUCAUGAAGCUGCAUUCCAAGGGCGCCUCUUAUCUUUGAAAACCUUGAUUGCACAGGGAUUCAAUGUGAACCUUGUGACAAUAGACCGAGUUUCUGCUCUCCAUGAGGCCUGCCUUGGUGGCCAUGUUGCUUGUGCAAAAGUUUUACUGGAGAAUGGUGCUCAAGUCAAUGCAGUCACUGUUGAUGGGAUCACUCCUCUAUUUAAUGCCUGCUGCAGUGGCAGUGCGGCUUGUGUCAACAUGCUGCUUGAAUUUGGAGCCAAGGCACAGCUAGGGAAUCAUCUUGCUUCACCCAUUCAUGAAGCAGUAAAGAGAGGCCACAGAGAGUGUAUGGAAAUUCUCGUGGCUAAUGAUGUUGAUAUUGACCAAGACCAUUCUCAGCAUGGAACACCACUCUAUGUGGCCUGCAUGUAUCAAAGGAUGGACUGUGUCAAGAAGCUUCUAGAAUUAGGAGCCAGUGUUGACUUGGGUAAAGGAUUGGACACCCCACUUCAUGCUGCAGCUAGGAAAUCCAGUGCAGAAGUUGUUAACUUGUUAACAGAUUAUGGUGCUAGCUUGAAGUGCAGGAAUGCUGAAUUCAAAUGUGCCCUUGAACUUGCAGCCCCCAAUAGCAAAGUGGAACAGGCACUUUUGCUUCGGGAAGGUCCUGCUAGCCUUGCCCAGCUGUGUCGGCUGUGUAUCAGAAAAUGUCUGGGCCGAUCGUGUCUUUAUGCAGUGCAUAGACUUCUACUUCCUGAACCACUUGAAAAAUUUAUUUUAUAUCGGUAACUCUAUGAGUGUCUACAGGCUGAUUUUAAACAGGAGGAAUACAUGGUUGUUUUACCCUGAACAAGCCAUGGUGAAAACAAAGACAUCACUUACUGUUUACUAAAGGUCCCAAACCACUAGCUGUUGAUAUAACAAUACUUCCCUUCAUACUCCUAUAUGUUGAUGCCCAUCAAGACAUUUUUCUGUAGCACAUUGUAUGAUACCAUAGAAAUGGCAGCCUCGCACCUUGGUGUUAAAUCCUACUUGCAGAGGUGUAACAGGGAAGCUGUGCACCCUGGGCAGCCUCAAUGCAUGGAGUAGUGUGGCUCCUGUUGCACCAAUGGUGGCAGAAUAGCCAGCUGUUCUAUAGCAGCAGCAGCAGCUAUUUUUGAACCCAUUCCCUCCCACCCCAGUUAUGCUACUGUCUAAUGAUGUUGUUUUACAAAUUUGAAAUAUACAGAUGGCUGAUUUUCUAGGGAGAUGUAUGUGUUGAUACAUAUAUGCCUUCUGCCUUAAAUGUGGUCCAGUUAAAUCAGCCUAUCCACCUCUCUUCUGUUUCAAGUUCAGCAAAAGUAUGCAUGGGUUUCAAGCUCUUGAGAGUUUAUUAAAAUCCUCACUGUAAAAUGGCAGAAGGGCAGAGGUGUCCAUUCAGAUUGGGUGUUUGUCCCCUAUGCUUUCUGUUUGUUGGAUAUUGGUGACAGCUGGUAGAUUUGUAAGCUCUUUUUUACCUAGGGUGUAAUUAGCUUGUGGAACUCUUUUUGCCACAAGGUGUUGUAGAGGUUGAUUCAUUUAACUAUGCUCAAAAGAGGAUCAGACAAAUUCAUACAGGAUUAGGGAGCAUAAGGUCAUAGGAAAGUAGAGCUGGAGAAGACUUCAAAGGUCAUCUAGGCCCCCUACUUAAAGCAGGACCAUCCUGACUAAACCAUCUUAGCCAAGUGUCUGUCCAGCUUGCUCUUGAAAUCUUCCAAGGAUGGAGAUUCCACAACUCCUCUAGGUAGCCUGUACCAGUGCUUGACCACCCUCACAGUCAAAAAGUUCCUUCUAAUCUCCAACCUAAAUUUCCCCUGCUGCACCUUGAAGCCAUCGCUCCUAGUCUUGUCCCCUAUCACCUAGGGGAAAAACCUAUCUCCAUCUCCUUUGAAAACUGUUAUCAAAUACCCUCUCAGUCUUCUCUUCUCCAGACUAAAUAAUCCUAGUUCUUUAAAUCUUGCUUCUGAGGCCCCUAAUAAUUUUUGUUGCUCUGCACUGGAUUCAUUCCAAUCUGUCCACAUCCUUUUGAAAAGUGGAGCCCAAAACUGGUGAAGCUGAGGUUGUGCUGAAUUGAGCGGAUCACUUCCCUCAAUUUGCAAGUGAAAUUCUUGUUAAUACAACCCCAGAUGCUGUUGGCUUUUUUUGGAACAAGAGCGUGCUGUUCGCUCAUAUUCAAUUUAUCAUCCACUGUAAUCCCCGGGUCCUUUUCUGCAGUGUUGCAGCCCAGCCAGUCACUGUCUAGUCUGUAUUUGUGCCUGCAAUUAUUUUGUCCCAAGUACAGGACUUUGCAAUUGACCUUGUUGAAUCUCAUCUGAUUGAUUGCAGACCAUUUCUCCAGUCUUUUCCAGUCAAUCAGUGGACAUAAACAUUACAGUUAGGGAUGUAGACUUCAAAUUAGGGCAUCUUAGGACCUUGAAUACUGUAAGCUGUAAAGGAAGAAGAGCAGGGAGCAGAUUGGUCUGGAUUGACUCCACAUAAAUACUAUUUCCCUUUAGUAUCCAUACUCUAUUCCUGUGGAAGACAGGACACUGAAAUAAAUGGGCCUGUAGUCUGAUCCAAUACACCUCUGCUUAUGUUCUCUUUGGUUUUUGCCAAAUGUAUGUCCCGUGCCUUUAUUCUUCCCAUUUAUAGUUUAAAAGUUGAAGGACUAGAGUAAACAUGGUAGAACUAAGAGUCAGAAGGCCCCAAGACUAUCAAAUAUACUAAACUUAGAGUUUAUAACAAGUGAAGAUCCAGUGGGUAUUGGGAUGGCAGAAGGCUGUUGACUUUGUCUUUCCGGGAGCUGUUAGGUUAGUGUGAGGAGUGCUUCUUCAAGGCCUGAGUCUGGUAUAAUUUUGGCCAAGAAUAGGGGAGCCAUGACUCAUUUUGAUUAAACAAAACUGGAAAGGGUUUCCAGCUCCAUUUUUUUUACUCAAAUGUCAAGGUCUGAGAAAAAAAGAUAUUUUACACCCAUGGGCAACAGGUUUCAAUAUAGAUCACAAACUCUAGUACAUGUUUUCAGUGGCUGUGUCUACACAUUCAUUAAUGCUCAAUGGUUACUGUGCAUUUAAUUUAGUGCUUGUAUACAUACUAAAUAAAUGUGGAGUAAGCAAAGUUACUGCACAGCAGUGCUGGCAAAUCCCUUUUUAGUGCGCUAGUGUGCAGUAGCCUAAUAAUACUGCGCAGUAGCAUAUUGGCACUGUCUGUGAUGUGACACGCAACUGCAGUGUUAUUAGGCUACUGUGCAGUUAGCAUCUCUUGUAGACACACCCAAUGCCAACAUAAAUUCCAUAAAGGAGAAUAAAAAUAUAAUCUGGUAAAUAGAAAUAUUCUAGUGUGAACAGAGGAUUGGGCUCCAGAAACUUCUGAGUUCUAGUCCUGGGUCCAAUGGUGAUAGCCUUUCUGGCUGUAUCCUAGUUACUGAGGGUCAAAACCUAUUUCACCUUUAUAUGGCUAAAUAAAAUUUACAUAGCCACAUGAGUGUAAAUUUUGGCUAUGUAAAUAUCACCUAGACAUGUAAAGGUAAAACAGCAUUUAGCCCUUAACCUCUCAACUACACUUGCUCUAUCUAUUAAGAUUUCUUCCUUGAUGUCAUGAUUAAUUCAAAUGGGGAAGAUGAAAAGUAUUAAGUAUUCUUUGCCACAGAGUUGACCUGUGAUGUUGUACCUAGAAAAGGGAUUUUGCAUCCUGAGAAAAUAGCUGCUGUAUGCACAAGCUGCAUGCUAUUUCCACUGCCAUUAGCAAGAAAAAACAAUAAAACAAAACAACCCCCCCCCCACCCCCCACUGGCUUUGAAAGGGCAGCAAAGGUUUCGCUGACAUGAAUACAUUCUUUAUAAGGUAAAGAAUAUUUCAGAUAUAUAUGAAGGAUGAUCAAUCUUACAUCUGUGCAGGGGGUUGGACUAAAGGACCUCUGGGAGUCUCUUACAACCCUCCAAUUCUUUAGCAGCUACCUUGUCCUGAGACCAGCAUUUAUGACUCUGAACACUUCUCAGCAGUAUCAAAAAAGGAAGACACUAUGUUUAUUUCCUUCCAGUAGAUCUCUCUCCUAUUUAUCGUUAUGGAGCCAUUCUGUAUCUAAAUAGAAGCAGGGAUCCUUAGGUAGUGUAAGCUGGUAGAGUUUACAUUCAUAGAUUUCAUAGAUGUUAGGGCUGCAAGGGACCUCGGAAGAUCAUCAAGUCCAGCCCCCUGCUCCAGGGGCAGGAAGUGAGCUAGGGUCAUAGGGUCCCAGCAACAAAAACAUCUAGGUUUCUCUUGAAGGCGUUCAGAGUAGGUGCUUGAACCACCUCCGGUGGCAGGCCUUUCCAGACCUUGGGGACUCGGACAGUAAAGAAGUUCUUCCUUAUGUCCAGCGUGAAUCGGCCUUGCAGGAGGUUAUAACCGUUGAUAUAUUCAAAUCAAACAAUAUAAAACAAUUUACAUUAGCUGUGGAUCUGGCCCAGAAUGUGUAAUAUCCAACUUUGCCUUUAUCUGGUCAUCAAUGGAAACAAGAAAUAAUUAACAAGGGAUUUUAAAUUUUAAAAAAUAUAUAUUUCUCAUAGAUGUUUAAAUGCUUCCUAGGAAGAAUGGAAGCAGUUGCUCAAUAUUUAUAACUGGCUUCUGUUAUAUAAGUGGUUUUCAACCUCUUACCACAUCUGUCCAGAAAAGAAGCUGUUCUUCCUUAAAUAACAAAUGCCAUGUCUUAUUUUAAAUGAGAGGCUUUUGAGGAAGUUUGGCUUUAAAAAAAUGCUGAUGAUUUGCAGUUUUACUAGAAAUUCACUUUUUGUCCAAACUUUUGCUUUUGUUGACUACCAUAUUUAUUCAUUACUAAAAUGAGGUUCCCCCCAUUUAACAUGGGGGGAAAAGCCCCUCAUUUUAGAAUCACAUACAAGGACAGUGGCAGGGCAGGUGGCUGCUGUGACUUGGGCUUUAGCCUGUACCUGGGGUCAGGGCAGUAGUGGCAGUUCCUGCCUGCCCUUCCCUUCCUGCCACCCUCUGCACCCUUUUAUCUCUCGCCUCUAGCCUCUUUUCCCGGUCUCCCCCUCCCACAGAGCCUCUGAUCCCCUGCCUGCCCCCCUCCUCCCCACAGACCCUUGCUCCAUGCCAGCGGCUCUGUGCAUGCUGCAGAUUGUAGUACUAGCAUGGGGAUAGAGCCUUCCAGCGCAAAACAAGGUUAAGUGGGGGGAGUGGGGUGCAGAGGUUGGGGAAGGGUGAGC